AUGUCCAGCUCGAUCAGACUGCCUACAACGAGCGAUUCUUUCACAAUACGACAACUCGAUGCUAAAGUUAUACAGUUACGUGAAUAUAUUCGUAAUUCUAAACGAAACAGCUCUACGGAAGUGGGUAUUACUAUUGGAAGUAAAGAUACCUUAAAUGCGGCCAACGUGGCUAUGAUGCUAAAAGGAAUUAAUAGAACAUUGAUGAAAUAUAUAAACAGUUUUCAUGCAUCGAAGAUUUCUGAAAACCCGGUAGCAACAACGAGAAAGCCAACGACGAAACCGUCGAUUGACAUGGUAAACGACUAUUACCCUUUUGUAGAUUUUAAGUUCGUUUUCCCGGAAAUUUCGCCCAAUGUUGAAACAACACCAGAGAUUUUUAUGAUGGUUUUGGUCAAUUCUGGUGCCAAGGGCGACGAGUUUCGAAAACGUCGCGAGGUUAUCCGACAAACCUGGAGAAAUCGAAGCAAUUGCGAACAACGUAAAGCAUUGGGAGAUGAAAGAAUGAAGAACUUACGAUGGCUUCUCGUAUUUGUUGUUGGAAAAGCAAGACCGGGAACGAACGAUGAUGAACUAAACAUGGCUGAAGCUAGACAACACAAUGAUAUGUUGAUAGGAAAUAUCACAGACAACUACAUUAAUAAUGUUGUAAAGUUCUACAUGGGUCAAGUGUGGGCAAGUAAAUUUGAUAUAAAAUACACAAUGAAAACAGACGAUGAUGUUUAUGUGCGCAUACCACGUGUGUUGGAAUAUCUUGUUAAUUCUAAGUUUCCAAGACCGUUUUAUGGAGGUUGGAGUAAAGGAGGGACCGGUGUGAGUCGCAAAAUUGGUGUAAAAUGGGCAGUUAGUUGGAAAUAUUUUGGUGAAGUGAAUUUUCCGAAGUUUAAUGCUGGAGCGUUCUUUAUUCUGUCCAGCGACCUUCUCAAUAGAUUAUUUAACUAUGUCUAUAUAAGAAAACCAUUUCACACAGACGACGCAUAUGUAGCGGUGGCAAUGCGAGAUUUGGGGGUAAACGUUACCACAAUAGUUUCAUUUUCUGUUAGGCCUGAUAUGAGUGAGUUUAUACAUAAAGCUGAGGACUGUGAGAUAUUACGUCUAGAUGGCUUUGGACAUAGCAUGGACCCAGAAUCAACGAGAUUUCUUCAUAAUCGCCUCAAGACAUUGGCUUGUGGGAGUAUGCAUCUCCAGUGUUGA